UAAAAGCCCUCCAAACUAACUGACUAACAUUUAAGCAAUGAUUUACAGAUGUUUAAGUGUCUCCCCGAUCUCCGGGGAGGAGGCAGCCGCUACAGUAGUACAGACCUGGGUUGACCGUGGGUCGUUUCGGGUCAAGUUUGGCGCCAAACGCGAGCUUUGGUGUGCAGACGACAUCCUGGAAAAAUGGCCGGUUUUCGGAGUUUUUCGGUUUCCGGAACACCGGAUAAAAGGUUGUGCACCUGUAUGUUCAAUUCAACAACUGUUAUCUGUGAUUUCACACCUCUGCUUUGAAGAUUGACGCGCAUGCGGGCUGGCGGGCUCUUCACGUAAUCCCUCAACGUAAUUCCACAUAAAAUAAAGAUCAAACUUCAAACAGGUAAGUUCUCGUUUAAUCUUACUAUUAUAACUGGGAAUGAGAGGAAAACAGGUAUUAAGUUGAGACCAAGUGUAAGGUGAUGGUGGGGGAACAAAGGCAAUAUCAGUGGGGAUUGAGUGGCCACAGGGGUCGGUGGUGGGUUUUGGAGCAGUGUGAAAGUAACUAUGUAAACAUAGCGAGGGAAAAGUUUCAUUUACUUUAGAGGUACAGCGUGGAAACAGGCCCUUCGGCCCAUCGGGUCCACGCCAACCAAAAUCACCCAUACACUAGUUCUAUCCCACAAACUAGGGACAAUUUACAGAAGCUGAUUGACCUACAAACUGCAUGUCUUUGGGAUGAUGGAGGAAACCGGUGAUCUCUCUAUGGAUUCACUGUGAUAUUCUAAUUUUUGCAGAGAAUUUAACAGUUCCUAACUUCUUACUUUGCUUCCAUUCAUUUAGCAAUGACCAACAGCACAGUUGCUCCCAACAGUACGAGCUGCCGCAAUUUGCGUGACCUCACUGUGAUCAGAGUGAUCGUACCCAUCUUGUACUGCUUUGUCUUCCUUGGAGGGUUUGUGUUGAACACAAUGGCUGCUUGGAUCUUCUACAAGAUUCCUAACCGCUCCAGCUUUACAAUUUACCUCAAGAACAUCGUGGCAGCUGACAUGUUGCUGGUGGUUACGCUUCCAUUUAAAAUCCUCUCCGAAUCCAACCUUGGAUCCUGGCAGCUGAAAGCCUUUGUGUGUCGCUACUCUGCCGUUAUAUUCUACAGCAGCAUGUACCUCAGCAUAAUAUUCCUCGGCCUGAUCAGCCUUGACCGCUACCUGAAGAUCGUGCAGCCUCGCAAAAGCCUCAGUGUGCAGAAAGUCAAGUUCGCCAAGGUCGUCAGUGUGAGCUGUUGGGUUUACAUCAUCAGCUUCGCCCUGCCAAAUAUCAUUUUAACCAACAAGGACCCCACAGAGAAAACUGCGGCACAUUGCCUGAAGUUGAAGAGCAAGGUGGGAGAGACUUGGCAUCGCAUUGUAAUUAUCAAUUGCGAAGUUAUUUUCUGGGUCGUUUUUGCUCUCCUCACUUUGAGCUACUUAGCCAUCCUGAAGAAACUGUACUGGUCCAACCAGAAAUUCCAGAACGAUUCCGGCACGGUGAUCAAGAAAGCUAAUCGCAACAUUUUCAGCAUCUUGGCCGUCUUCUUCAUCUGCUUUGUGCCCUACCAUGUUAUCCGGAUCCCAUACGAGAAUAUCCGGUCAGCAGAGAGCGGCUGUACAACACACAACCGACUGUACUACGCCAAGGAGGCCACGUUGCUUCUGUGCGCAUUUAACGUUUGCCUCGAUCCCAUCAUCUACUUUCUUCUGUGCAAGUCCUUCACCAGAGUGCUGCGCCGAACAUUGAGAAUUAAGAGAAACAACGCGGUCAAAAUGGAUGAUGCAAGGAAAAGGGCACAGUCAAGUAAUGCCUCUUAUCAAGACCCUGACUCCAGCAGAAUGGCGGUUGACACUGUCUGUACAAACUCUUCCACGUUUCCAUCUGAGAGAAAUACUAAGAAAACUAUUCAGAUUAAAGUACUGCAGCAGUCAGUAGCAGUUACAACAUUGAGCCCUCCGGUAGAAUCAGAUUACAUCAACACAAAAGUAUGAGGUGUUUCCGACACUCAAACAAUCCAUCCGACGAGCUAUUUUUUGCAACCUUCCCCAAUUGUUACUUUGCGAUGGUUUAGAGUAGUGCUUCUUAAACUAUUUCAGUGUCAUUCACUCUUGAGCCGUUAUCACAAAAUGUCAUUUACCCUCAACUAAAUUUUUUGACAAUUUUCGUCUUAUUUUCCCUUGUGUAUAAUUUGAUAUAUAAUUUAUUUAGUCACAUGAGCAAAAACAUAAAUUAACUUGAUGGGCCGAAUGGCCUAAUUCUUCUCUUAUCACUUAUGAUUUUAUGAACCUUCACUGGAAAUGGGAAGAGUGGAGAUAAAAGAUGUUUUACUGUGUAGCGAAUGUAGAAACAAAGGAACUGUAGACGUGGUUCACACAAAAGGACCCAAAGUGCUGGAGUAACACAGUGGGUCAGGCAGCAUCUCUGGAGAUAGACACAAUACUGGAGCAACUCAGCGGGUCAGGCAGCAUCUCUGGAGAUAGACACAAUACUGGAGCAACUCAGCGGGUCAGGCAGCAUCUCCAGAGAAAAAUAAUAGGUGACAUUUUGGGUCAGAACCCUUCUUCAGACUCUGGGGAACAUGUACAGGUGAAGUUUUGGGUCAGGACCCUUCUGCAAACACAAUAGCAUGCAGCUGACACAAUACUGGGCAAAUGACGAUAGGUUAUUUAAGGAUAUGAAUGAUAGAUCACAGUAGAAGUAAAUGGAAAGCAUAGACACAAGGCCAAAGAUGACUGCAGAUGACAGCUCUCAUUGGUUGUUCCAAGUUUUAUUACCAAGCCACAU